CUAUUGUUUCUUCUUCUUCUUCUUCUUCUUCUUUGUGUUUUUUUGUCUCGAGGAUGAAAGCUGCUAAUACCCCCAGCCUUCUUCAGCAUCCCUUCCAUGAACAUGCCCUGAUCUUUCAAGAGCUGAGCGAAAGUUUCCACUUGAAAUGCAAGAUCUGUGGUUUCUCCGUGAAAGGCGGUCCGGCCUACCAUUGCAUAGAGUACUGCGAGUUCUUCCUCCACAAGUCGUGCGCGGAGUUGCCUCCCGAGAUUCAACAUCCCUCUCAUCCACAGCACCCGCUUGUAUUCUCCUCGUGCUCAAGCCAGAGAUUUCGCUGCUAUGGGUGUCGUAACGCGCUACGUGGUAAACGCUAUCAAUGUUAUGACUGUGAAAUACACUUACAUGCGGGAUGUGCAGCUGCAACUCUCCCUCCUCCUAAAGAAGAAGAAGAGCAUAAGGACGAGCAGAAGCACAAGGACAAGGACCACCACGAGGAGGACAUGAUUGAGCACUUUGCUCACAACCAUCCUCUUGCAUCCUUCCACGUGGAUGCGCCAAAUUAUAUCAGAUGCUGGGCAUGUGAACGGCGGAUCUCCGGUCGAGUUUAUGGAUGUCGUGCCUGCAUAUUCGUGCUGCACGAAUCUUGCGCUCUAGCACCCCGAGAGAUAAUGAACCAUCCUUUCCAUCCACAGCACCCGCUCACCUUGCUUGCUGAUCUCAAGUGUAAGAUUGAAUGCGAUGUAUGCCAGUAUAAGCCUCCGUUUGCAUACAACUGUAAUGAAUGUGAUUUCUUUCUCGAUGUGAAAUGUGCUGUUUCCAUUGUGCAUCCUCCUCCUCGAGAUCAUGAUCAGAGUCGUAGCACAGACGAUAGGCGAGAUCAGAUCCAUCAUUUUUCCCACCCCCACCAACUGACAUCUUUUCAUACAAAACCGGAGUUUCCUGCCCGCUGUGAUGUUUGCAAGGAAGGGAUAUCGGGUGAUUUUUACUGUUGCCCUUACUGCCUUUUCUUGCUCCACCCAUCGUGUGCCGAGUUGACAGAAGAGAUUGUGCACCCUCUUCAUCCGGACCACCCUCUCAUUUGGCAAGAAGGUCGUCUUAAGUGCUCUUUCUGCCCUGAUUAUGUGGAUGACUUUGGAUUCAAGUGUGGAGAGUGUUCCUUUUGCCUUCAUUUGGAAUGCGCUCUCCAAACUCUCUCUGCUACGAAAGAGGAAUUAACUCUUAAAAGUGAGCUUCUCCAUAAACACCCCAUGAGGCUUCAGUCUCUAACUGGGAGACCUGGUUAUCGAUCAGUCUGUAUUGUCUGCUCCGAGUUGGCUGCAGAAGGUCUAUUUUACGUCUGUACAAAUAAUUGCGACUUGAUGAUCCAUAAAACAUGUGCUGAGCUACCACGUGAAUCAGAACACCCUAUUCACCCACAGCAUCCUCUCCUUCUUUCUUCUGAGCCACUCGACAAAUCCAAUACUUGCUUUGCAUGUCUGGAAAGCUGUGGGGGAUUCACCUAUUACUGUGAUUAUUGUAAGAUCCAGUUCCAUGCACAUUGUGCUAUGAGAAGGCCAACUCUAAAACAUCCGCGUCACGAGCACAGCCUAUCCUAUUUCGAUAAGAUAGGCCGCGAACUCUACCGGGCACAGUGCAAUGUGUGUUACGAUUACUGCCGGAUUGACUUCUACCGCUGUGUUCCGUGCAACUAUAAUCUUCACUUCAGUUGCUUGCCUCUGCCCCCUUCUGCUAAACACGAAUUCCACUUCCAUCAGCUGGUGCUCCGUGAUAGAGUUGUUGAUGAACAUUAUGAUUAUGAGGAGCAAUACUGCGACGUGUGUGAGACACUCAGGAAUCCAGAACUUGGUGUCUAUUAUGGCGAGGAGUGUAAUUAUGCUGCUGAGAUCGACUGCGUCAUCCCCAAGGUAGAUCCCGAGAAAAGUAGACAAACGGAAGACCUUAAGCUCAAGCAACUGGAUGGACAAAUUUCCCGCGAAGAAGAAGAAUUAGAGGCACUGAAGAAAAAAUUGGAAAGGUCAAUGAAAAAUCUGGAGGAAUUUAAGAAAGAGAGACGAGAGAUAUCAAGCUCUCGGGUGCAACGGGAAGCAGAGUCAGACAGGGGAUGAUCAUGGAGUCUCGUAAUGUUUUCUCUUGGGAUAAUCAUGCAUCCAUUGGUCAAAGUAGAUUUUAUUUUCACCGUGUACGUCUGUUUGCAAAUCUUAUUCUGCGCUUGUCAUUCUGAUUAUGGCCUGAAAUUACUUCUUAAGGACCAUUAGAUUAUUGAAAAUAUAAAGUGUUCAAGUACUUCUGAAAA